CCACGUGGACCCAAGGAGACAUAUAUAAGACCGGUUCAUGUCUCAUAUUUUUCUCACUGGGGUUCCCGUAGGUUUUCUUUAAAAUGAGACGUGAUUGGAUGUGGUCAGAGAGAUCCUGCCUUCCAGUGAGCAUUCAGCGUCCAGCAGCCAGCCGGCCGACCGCAGCCUGAACUCAGUAGCUCUCCCAGUGACUCUCCCUAUGGGUGAAGCAGUUUCAUCGGCACUGUGAUCCUCUUUAGAGGCCGUGACUCCAACAGCCUCCGCUCCACCGACCCCCCCACACACACACACACCCACACACACACCCAAACACACACACACAGCAAGUGUCACCAUGGGGGAAGUAGUCCAGAUGCACUUCACGACGGUGGACUACGUCAUCUUCGCCUUGCUGUUGGUGGCCUCUGCUGGCAUCGGUCUCUUCUAUGCCUUCUCUGGUGGACGCCAGCGCACAACGCAGGAGUUCCUGAUGGCAGAUCGCUCUAUGAGCUGCCUGCCGGUGUCUCUGUCCCUGCUGGCCACCUUCCAGUCCGCCGUAGCCAUCCUGGGCGCUCCGUCUGAGGUGUACACCUUCGGGACUCAGUACUGGUUCCUGGGCUGCUCGUACUUUUUGGGCCUGCUCAUCCCAGCUCACGUUUUCAUACCGGUCUUCUACAGGCUGAGACUGGCCAGUGCUUAUGAGUAUCUGGAGCUGCGCUUCAACAAGACUGUUCGCAUAUGUGGGACCGUGACCUUCAUCUUUCAGAUGGUCAUUUAUAUGGGCGUGGUCUUGUACGCUCCAGCCUUGGCCCUUAAUGCUGUUACAGGUUUUGAUUUGUGGGGGGCAGUGCUGGCCAUGGGACUGGUGUGUACUCUCUACACAGCUCUGGGGGGUCUGAAGGCCGUGAUCUGGACCGACGUGUUCCAGACGGUGGUGAUGUUUGUGGGCCAGCUGGCGGUGAUCAUAGUGGGGGCCAGUCAGGCGGGGGGCAUAGCGGAGGUUUGGAGGAAAGCGGUCAACGGCAGCCGUGUUGCUGGACUGGACCUGAACCCCGACCCCCUGGAGCGCCAUACCUUUUGGACCCUCGGUGUGGGAGGCGUCUUCCUGAUGCUGGCUCUGUACGGGGUCAACCAGGCUCAGGUCCAGAGAUACCUCAGCUCCCGCACAGAGAAAGAGGCCAUAAUGUCCUGCUAUGUCGUUUUCCCCUGCCAGCAGAUCGUCCUGUGUUUAGGCUGUCUGAUGGGUCUGGUGAUGUUUGCUCGCUAUGGAGAGGACAGCCCUCUGGACAAGGGCUACGUCAAAGCUAAGGACCAGAUGGUGUUGUACUUCGUGAUGGAUGUGUUCAGGGAUCUGCCAGGGCUUCCUGGACUCUUCGUGGCCUGUCUCUUCAGUGGAGCUCUCAGCACCAUCUCAUCAGCCUUCAACUCCCUGGCCACGGUAACAAUGGAGGAUCUUAUCAAACCUCAUUUCCCAAACAUGACUGAAGCCAAAGCGACUCUGCUCUCCAAAGGACUGGCUUUGGCGUACGGCUUGGUGUGUCUGGCGAUGGCGUACCUCGCUUCUCUGAUGGGGUCUGUGCUGCAGGCAGCGUUCAGUAUCUUUGGGAUGGUGGGCGGUCCUCUGCUUGGCCUCUUCUGUCUGGGAAUGUUCUUUCCCUGGGCCAACUCCAUAGGGGCUGUGGUCGGGUUAAUAGCGGGUCUAGCGAUGGCCUUCUGGAUCGGCAUUGGCAGCUUUGUGAUGCGGAUCUCCAGUGGAAGUCCAGUGCCAGCACUUAAUACCACAGCUGCCCCCUGGUUUGAGAACAUGACCACUGCAGCCAUGACUACAUUAGCGGGCGCCACUACCCCCAAACCAAGGCCCACAGGUGUGGAGGCCCUCUACUCGCUGUCCUACAUGUGGUACAGUGCUCAUAACUCAACCACUGUGGUCGUGGUGGGACUGAUAGUCAGCCUCCUAACAGGACCCAUGAAGGAGAAAGAGCUGACCCCUGGCACAGUGUUUCCUGUCCUAGGCACGCUGCUCUUCUUCCUCCCCGAUCACUACAGAGAGAAGCUCUGCUGCAUCACUCCUCUGGCUCAUAAGCCCAAAGAAAUCAGCUCACAGCCUUAUCAGAUGGCCAAGAAAGAAAGCAACGGAGGGACCUACUGCAAGGAGGACACGAUCACGGAGGAGAAGGAGGCGGAGAGCGACAAAGCACUGACGGAGGACGAAGACAUGGAAACGAGGGUCGCUCUGCCUUCCUGCCAGGUCAAAGGUCAUACAGUACAAGAGACCGCACUGUGAUCAUAUUUUUAACACUUUAGACGUACACACGACGGGAAGUUUUGCAGCUAACUGCAGCAGAAGAAAAGAUGAGGAGACAGUCAAAGAAUAAUGUCCUGAUUGGGAGCAGCUCCAGAUUUUUAUGCAUCAGCUGAUUAUAGAAAAGGACUUGCUUAGGGAGAGGCCGUUUAAUGGUACCUGCUUACAAUUUCUCCCCAGAAACUGGAAAAAACCUUUAGCCAGGCUGGAACUGUGCACCAAAUCUCUGAAAUCAAAGAAGAAAACGUCAGCAGAUCUAUAACAGCAUCGCCGUUAGAGCAGGUUUUUGUGCUCUAAAGUGAGCCGCUUUCCCCGCACAAUGAACUGCCCCACUCUCACAGGAUCUUGUCUGUUCGACUAAGAAUCAGGUAGUCUAUAGAUACAUGUGAGAUGUGUUAUUUUUGUAGAGAAGACCAAACUAUGAACUCCAGAGUAUGUAUAAGAGAAUAUAAUAUAAGAAAAGAAGACUGAUCUUUAAUGGAGGGCGUAACCGGAUUUAUGCCCGUCUCAUUGUGUAGUGUCUUUACAUGGCUGUGGUUUGGUCGCCACUGACGGUCAUCUCAGAGCUGCUGCUGCUCAUGUUGAAAUACUGAGUCAGAUGUAGUUAAACCUGGGUGGUGGUCAGACCUAAACCUGAUGGAUCCAGAGGUCAACGCAAGACUCUUGCUGUCUGUCAUUUUGACCAGUAGGGUCAGUAAAGUGACAUCACUGUUUUAUCAUCAAUGAUUUAUUUUAUAGCUCUCAUUUAAACGUUUCUCAUUUUAGUGAUUUGAAUAGUGGCCCUGUGCCAUAUGAGGAUCCAAAGUGACAAAAUUUGAAGUUUAUAUUGAUAUUUACUAUAAUAAUGCCCUUUAACGUCAUUUCCAGUCCAUAUGCACAUUCUGGGACGGCUUCCAGCACAAACCCAGAAAUGCCUUUUUCAGGACAUUUUUCCUUUAUCAUGAGAACUUUACCUGACACGCCAGAUGGAUUUGUUUCACACAUCCAUCUGGAAAACCUUCCAUAGAUGGCGUGUGGGAAAGGGCAGAGAAUUUGAAAAAAUAAAACUCAGAGGGUGAUUGGAUGAUGUCGUAGCCCCAAACUGAGGUACGCCACCACAGACAAGUAAACUCCAUAGAGAGCUACAUAACUCGAACCAUUGCGAAUGUAGACAUGUCAGUACACGACUUGUCUUUUUUAAAAGAAAAAAACUCACUGCUGUUCUUUGUUCUUCUUCUAACGUAGAAAUGUCGUAAAGUUCUGAUAAAACUGACGCUUUAGCAGCAUCUAUGCUAAUGUCUUCCGCCAUAAUCGCACCAGCCUGUUCUGGCAGCUUGCAUACGUCACAACUUCGCGGCACCGAAAGUACUGCCCCUCGAUGCUGACUGGUCCUGUCACUUUCUAACUGGGCCCAAACGCCCAAAACAGCUUUCUGACAAUACUUGCGCACUAUUGUUUCACGAGUAGACUUCCUCACCAAUGAAAGAAGGGUCUCUAUACGUGCGCGUUUUGGUUCACUGCAAAAUCACACCGUCACCUACAGGCCUGGCAUGUACACUGCAACAUUUUUGCAUUUUCUGUGGUCUCGUGCACAGAGAUUGUUAUCAAAACGUUGCUGUUAGCACUAUGGGUGUUCAUAAGCGUCGAUUUCCCCAUUCGGCUAAACACUCAUUAAAAUUUUGUUUAACUGACUAGUCUAAAGAGGAGAAAAUCCUUGGAAAACAGCGGGUGUGUUAGCCUGAUAUACUCUCUACGGCGUGGCUAACAUCAGCAGCUAGCGCUGCUAGCCUUCAUUCCCCUUGCAGAUUAAUAUCAUGCUUUGAUAUUUGGCCUCUUCAUGUCAGUUGAGUAGGUAUACGUGAGUUCAACCCUCAACAGCCUACACACCACUUUAUUUCUAUUUACUUCUGAAGAAACUGUCAAACCGCGCUGUUCCUACUACACGCUAUUCAACCGCUGAGCUUCUCAUAUUUGCGGUGAAGUGCUGAGGGAAAGCUCAGACAGGAAGGCAGCAGCCAUUAACUGAAGCUUCAGCAGCUUCUAGUGGCUGGAGGUUCAUCACAGUUUUAAAGAGCAUUAUAGACCAGGAUUUCAAGCCUGUAUUUGUUUAAAAAUAAAAAAAAAUUGCUAAUUUGAUAAACAAGUUUCAACCUAGCAUCCCUAGUUUGCAUGGGGAACUAUUUAAAAAAAGGAAUACGCAAAACGAAGCAGAACGUUGUCAUGUAAACAAAGCUUUAAGAUGCUGUCUGACAGUUUACAAGGGAAAUGCCCCAAAGUUGAGGAUUCUGCUGGUCGCUCGGCUCUCAUUGUGGAAGUGUUUGCAGUUGUACAACCAAAAUAUCAAACAUGCCAUAAAUCAAUCUGACCAGUCAGGAGCAGCCACUCUGGCCGUGCUCAGCUAGAAGUCUGCUACCAUGUAAUACUGCAUGACCAAUGAAGCAGGAUCCAAAUGAAAAUCAGUGCAACUCCCAAGUGAGUCAUGCGACCCAAAAUUCAUAUCUGAAUCUGAGGAAAUUUGCACAGUGCAUGCAUGGCUUUAGAAGUAAUAGUUUGUCAGUCUCCCGUGCUGUGCUUUGAUGUUUGUCUCUUCAGUGCUUUAAGUGAAAAUGUGCUGAUAAAAGUCAAAUGCAUGCACACAAAAUGGAUUUACAAACAGCUUUUUUUCUUCCCAAGCCUUGGGGAGCAAAAAGGCAAGACUUAUGUGGGAUUUACCAAUCUUGCAAGCACUCACAACAGCAGGAGGAAAUGCUGCUGCAGGCUGACCUGCUGCACUACAAGGAUCACUUCAGUCUGCUACUCAUAGUAGUCCUGACUCAGUGAAAGACCUCCAGUCCAUUGUUCAUGAGUGCACUGUCAGAACCUGGAUAGUGAGACAUGUUCAGUUACGAGGUUAGCGAUAACGCCAGCAAGCUCAGAGGGGAAUCUUUUCUUUAUUAUAGACUGCAUGAGUGUCAGGGUUGCCUUCAGUAUCCUAAUCUGUCAAAAUGACAGACAGCCUUCAAAAUUCUGACAAAAAAAAAAAAAAAAAUUUAGUUUAACACGACCUCUGGAUGGAUCAGAUUUAAGUGUCCUCUUGUUCUUACCCACUGUGCUUCAAGAGAAAGUUAAAAAGAUAGUGUUUAAAGUUUGAUUGUGAAGGUAAAGGAUAGUAAAGUCCGCUGGUGUCUAGUGUUUGAGGAUGGAUGUACAUGCAACAAAUCUAGAGUGGUUAACCAGUUAUGAAACAGUCACCAGAUGGGCUUUAUGUGUUCAAUGAGACUUGAAUGUGUUUUCUCUGUUUAAACUCUGGUAUCAUCCAUUGAUUUCAUUUUUAAUGUUACCCGUUUAUUAUUUUACCAAACACCAACUUUGAUUUUAGCCAUCAGACGUCCACUCGUGUUUUCAAAACGGAGCAUAAAUUAAUAUUUAAGAAUUUAAACCCAACGGAAGAGUGACGUAUGAAGAAGUUGUCCAGCACUUCUCCAGCAACCAGACCAGUCCCAUACUGGGUAAGGUGUGGUAGGUUUGGGCCGCAGACCUAUGACUAGUGCACUUUCAUUAGCAAUAGAAAUCAUCAGGCAGGAAGAGAGUUUGAACCUGUUUUCUUCUGAGAGAGUCCCUAAAAGAGAGUGCAGCUUCCACACAGGUGCGACCAUUAAUGAGGAUUUUAUAAAUGUAUUUGUGAGGAGGGAGAUAUGAUCAGGGUUAUUUCUGUGUUUUAACUUUUGUAAGUGCCCGUCUUUUGCAGUUGGACCAUCGUUGGUGCCAGUAAGUGAUGAUUAGCAUUGAUUUGUCGAGUGUAGUUUAAAUAUCGUCACCAUUUUUGGAAUCACUGAAUUCUUGACCGUCACCAUUUUUGCAUUCUGAACUCAUUCAUCACCAUUGUGUCCAAAGAGACGUGUCGUGUGUAUCCUGUGAGCUAGUGCUGUCUGUGAUCUUGAUAAUGGACUCCAUGGUCAUUUUUUUGUCAUGUGACUUUUUUUUUUUUUUUCAGCAUUGUGAAUGAAAAAACAGUCCAACAUGUUUCCAAAGAGAUUUAACAGGUUAAAAAGUUUAUGUGAAGAAGUUUAUACCCGUAUCUCAACACACCUGAACCUCAGCAUUGAGUCACCUGCCUGAAAACGUAGACAUUCACGUCUCAGUUGCCUUACUAUUUCCUGUUUCAGUCAGUUUUUCUUUAGGUACUUCCAGACAAUCAGGGCGUCCUUCUAAAGCAGCAAAGAAUCCGCUUAGCACAGCUCAACUGGUCAGAAAGGAUUAUGUUGUGUAGAUCCUGGGUUUGAGAAAUGUUGAGCCUUUAAAACUCGCCUAAGCACCAGUCAAGCACAACGCCAAUGCCAUCAGAACACUCAGGAGUACCUCCAAGCAUAUAGAAAAUGAUCUUUUGCCUUUAACCAAUCAAUGAUUUGAGAUCAUAGCUGUAUAUUUUUGUAAUUUCACAUGAUCCAGAGCUCAAAUGUGGAUUUCUAUAUGCAAGGAUCAUGAAAUGUUUCUUUCUGUGAAUGUCGGGCAGAAUUGGGAAUGUAGCGGAGCGUUCUUUGCCUUCGACGGCAUUUCCUCUGAGAAAUGUUCGUGUCUUAUGGUGCUACAUCCAAUUUGCCAGCCUUUUUGUCACAUUUUUUUAAAAGACAUUUGAACGAUUCCACAAGUUUUUUACCUGAUCAUGUGUGAUAAUUUUUACUCUUUGAUUCCUUGUUUUCAUACCUGAAAUUACUUAAAGUGUGUGCCUGUUAUGUCGAUGACAUACAGAUAAACCCCCUUUAUAGUUGGAGUGGAGACGUGUAGCUGUUAAAGAUGUCUUUAAAACCAUUAAAACUGUGAUACUAGGAAGCACUCAGGGUGGUUUUACAUUAGGGACCUAGGCCAGGAUUCGGCACAUGUGACCCUAGAGUCUGGUUCCAUUUGGUCUGUGUGAAAACAGGAGUACCUUACAUGCCCUGCACGCUCAAGUCCAUUUUCAGACGUGGCAACCAUGCACGAGUACCGUUCUUAACAGUGAGUACAUCUCUAGUCCCUCCGUUAUCGUUCAAAUUUUUACCCUAUCAAGCCAUUCAGGGCAGAAAUGUCCACUGUCAAAACAGUCAUUACAAAUUUAUACAAGAUAUUCUCACUAUUUUUGGGAUUCAUUAUUUUUUAUCAACUUCAGGUCAGGUAUGCCAGCAUAUGCUGGUUCAGCCCUUUGGCAUACUGUCUCCUGCUCCGGCUUCCUGAUGGCCAUCGUCCAGGCGACCCCCCUAACUGACCCCUUCACGACAAACAUGAUCCUCAACGUCUGGUCCAACCUUCCAGGUCCUGGGCACCCAGGCAGUGAGUUAGGUCAGGCACUAGACACACAGGCCCAGUCUCAGUUCACUGACUUUGAGGCACAUUCCUAAGUCCCUGAGGGCUUAGGACUGUCCCGAUGUCAAACUGUGAGGUGCGUGAGGGAUAUUGAGCAGACUUUGAGCCCUUCUUGCACCCUUUUCCAUCACUGGGCAUAUCUGCAGACUUAGUGUGAGGAAAUUACCCAGAGUUCAUAGCAUUGUGACGUAUGACAGAGAUUCCCGGGGGAAGCCCGCUAGUGAACGCCAUUAAAGAAAAGUGAAAAAAGCUAAAUGAUAAACAACAACAUGGAGGGUGUAAUCAGUAAUGACACCACAAACAAUAAUUUUCCUCUAAAUUUAUCAAGUAGAACAACUUUCAUCCACUGAGGAAAGCCCUGAUGAUGCCGUGCUGUCAACAAAAAAAAAAAACAAAGGGCUGUCCCAUUCCUGUUUCUACCACUCCGAGCCCUUGCAGCUUCAUGCACUCAGCCACUCUCCAGGUGCAGUCAUUGGUGUCCUUAAGGUCUCAAGGUUUAGGGAGGAGAUUGACAUUCAGCCAUGGUCUCGCCAACGAUACCAAAAAAUAUCCUGAAGAGAAGUCAUCAUUAACAGAGUUAAGAGUAUGGUAAGACCAGGAGGACCAAAGACUAAAAGACUGACUUUAGUCCACAUGCUCGGGUACCGGGAACACUACAACACCUUGCCCAGUGAACCCAUCGCCCUCUGGGCGAGUCAAAGUCUGCAGAAAAUCUCAGCAGUCGACAUCAGUCCUGAACAACACAACCUAACAUUGAAGCACUGGAGAAUUUAAACCCUUUAAAUGCCAAUUUGAAUACAAGAAGUCCCUGUUGUAGUUUAUUCAAUGGUAAAAAUAAAACAAAAGUAAGGGAUUUUUUCAAGCAUGUUAAAGAUUUGAAACAAAAAAGAUUGAUGCUUUAUAAGUGAUUCAUAUUUGAGAAAAUAACUAAUUUGUGAGUGUUUUUUUAUCCAGAAGGAACAACAGUUGGUCCUUGUCGUCAAACUGGCACUUAAAGGGUUAAAAUCCCCUAAAUAUUUUAAUAUUUGGCAGUUUUUAAUUUUGCAUCAACCACUGUUCUGAUUAAUACUACCAAAUAUAUAUGUAGUUUUUUUAAUUGGGAAUUUAAACCCUUUAGAUGCCAGUUUGACAACAAGAAGUCCUGGUUGUUGUUGUUGUUGUUUUUUUUUUUGUGGUUGUUCGUUUUUAAUGGACCUAAAAAAAUAUAUAUUUUUUUAAACAAUAAAUGUGAGGUAGCUGGUUGAUUGUUUCAAACAUAUUCCUGGAAAUGACAAAUAUUAGAAACAAAAUUGAUUUUGAUGUAUUGUUAGUGAUCUUUUUUUUUUGGAAAAUAACCAGUUUUGUGUUUUGUUUUUUUUUUGUUUAAAAAAAAAAGGAAGAAAAGUUACCUGUAUUGAAACUGGCUUUUGAAGGGUUAAAUCCUUUUAUAUUAUGUUUUAUAUUUGGUAGUUUUGAUUAAGACUUGAAGUUGAUGAAAAAGAAUGAAUCCCCCAAAAUAUUUUUGCAUGUAAACCAAUUUAAUGCCAGUUUGAAUGCAAAAAGUCUGUUUUCAUGGGGAGAAAAAAGAAAUCAAAAUAAUGCAUCAAAAUCUGCUUUGUUUCUAAUCUUUGAAAUGUCCAGGACUAUGCUUAAACCCCCCAGCUACCUGACAUAUAUGGUUUAUAAAAUAAACCCUUUUUUCCUAUAAAACACAACAGUGACCUCUUGAAUUUAAACUGGCGUUUAAAGGGUUUGAACCCCCCCCCCAAAUAUUUAGAAUAUUUGGUGACUUUGAUCAGGACUGAAGUUAUUGAAAAGAAUUAUUGCCCCUGAAAAAAUAUUAAUGAAACUUUUUCACAGUAAAUGUUUUUGUCCUGAAUGGUUUUGAAAAUACGAAAUUGUUACACAGUAAACUAUUGUCCCCUUAAAAUAUGAAAUUGGAAUUUUAAAAUGUAUUUGUAGAAAAGCUUUAUAAACAAUUAUGCCAUAUGCAGCGACAGACAAAGUGAUCAUAUAAUUAAAGUCUAGAACUCACCCAUGUGUUAAAAAAUGUCCAGAGUGAUAGCAGAGGGUUAAAACUGUCUUAUAGUCAGCAUGGCCCAUUUCAUCCUCAGAGCUGCACGGCAGAUGUAGGAGUAUAAAGAGGGUCAUUGUUGUCUUAUAAAUGACCAAACGUCUGCAGUAACCUGCAGGACGGACUACUGUCCAUACAACGCAAACGUCCUGAGUGGUUGGCCCGUCAUUAUUCUUGGUGGAUUUUCAAACAGUACGCACAUUUCAAAGACAAACACCCGCACACUGUCCAACUUGCAAAGAAGAGGAGUAUUUAUUUGCAAUGUUUCGGUACACUUCAUCAGAUAAACAGUUUGUUCAAAAGGGCAGGAUAUGUUUAAAAGGGGGUGGCCUCACACCUGUAGCCACCUUCUCAUCAUGACGUCAGAGCUCAAUUGCCCAAAACAACAAAGAUAAACAAUAGACAUCAGUUACCUGACUGAGAGAGUAAAUGUGAUGAAAGGUUAACAGACUCCUAAAUUGCAAUUUACAAGUGUAUCAUUCAUAUUAAAUAAGGGGAUUAAAAUUCCAGAAAGAGAAUACAUGAACAAUACAAUGCCAAACAAACUGUUAGCCUGUUGAAGGUCUAGUACUGAAACGUUGCAAAUAAAUACGCCUCUUCUUUGCAAGUUAUACAGUGUGCGUGUGUUUUUCUUUGAAAUGUUUGCUGGAUACCUUGCCCUCCGACGCGCCUGUCCAGAGAAAUAGAUGCGCGAAGUUACCUUUCCAUUGUGAAACAGUACGCACACACCACCAUCGACUGUAUUAAACUGAAUACAGAAGCAAUAUAAAUGCAUUAUUCCUCUCUGUCGCUCACGCUAAAACAGACAAGGGAAAGAGGGAGAUGAGAAGGCGCCAGGAGUGUCCAACAGUGCUCUGACAUUUUUCAGCACAGAGGCAAAAUUAUGCAAAUCAAGAAACUUGGUGUGUUAUCCGGGCACGAUGUCACUGAUGUGAUAGCAGACUAGUGGGGUGGGGGCAUGAGACGAUGGUCCCUAAUGUGAAAACAGCCUAACAAGCAUAAUAAAGCACAAUCAUGUCAGAUCUCGCUAGUUCACCUGCUGAUGAGAGAAUCUGAUUUAAGCCAUCAGCUGGUGUAAAGCAGCUCUGAUUAAACCUUUAUGAUUAAAUAAUUUAUCUGAUUUAAUAUAAAACUUUAAGUAUAUUAAAUACUUUUUUUCUUUUGAUUAGUGACCUUAUAGCAAGGAUUCAGUUAUUAAAGUCCAACAACACAGUGAGGAGUAUGGCACUUAGUAAUUUCUGACUAAAAUAAAUAUUGUUUUUACAAUAUUUAUUAUAAUUGUUCUUCCAUCCACAAGAAUUCUCCCGAUUAUGCAUUCCAAAAAGUUAAAUUAUGAAACAACCCCAAAGCACUGGAGCUGGAGCGACUCCUCUGCUUUGGCUGUGCCUUCAUUCUGCUUUUGUUUUUAACUGUCCUGAUGUUGUAGACAGUCCAGGUCGUGUUUUAACUUGACCUCUGUCCCAAACGCCGAUCCCAGAGAGGACCAAAACUGAACUGAGGACUGAAAAUGGAUUCCAUUUCACACGAUGUGAUGGAGAGAAACGGUCCUGUUAAAGGAGGAACAGAGUGCAUGCAACUUCUGGAUUUAUGAAAGCUGACUGCAAAACUGGAUUUGAGUCUGUUCUUGUUUCAGUGUUGUUUGGAUGUACGACUAUAAAAUUUCUAAGUUUGAUGUAAUGGAGAAAAGAUUAAAUUGAAAUAACUACAAA